UUUUCUUCAUCUCUACCCUUCUCUUUAUUCUUUCUCCUCUCUCUUUUUAUAUCAGAAAGAGAGGAGGAGCAAAGACUCAAGCAUGGACAUCCUUUUGAAGCUUAGAGCUUUGGUUUUCUAACAACAAACAGUUCAUCAUGGUAAGGUCAGUUCUCUUAUGUUUCCAUCCAUUUUCGUUAACGGGAGGGCGAAGCUUUUGCCCCCUUUCAACACAAGAUGCUUGUGCUUUCUAUUCUUUCCUUUCAGAAGAUCUCAAGAGGCUUGAACAGUCCUUAGCGGAGGAAAGCUCGAUCUCUCUUCGAUGGUCAGUCGAAGCCAUGAACCUCUUAAAGAGAAUGCAGAUCGAACUCCUCGCGCUUUUCAAGAAGUGCAAGCUCCCUAUAGUUUUCGGAGCUGAAGAGGAUUGGUUCAACCAGUACAUGCAAGAGACUGCGAUUUUAUUAGAUUUUUGUAACUCAUUGAAGUCCGCGAUCUCUGGGAUCAACCGUUAUCGCCUUGUUAUUGACCUGACGUUACAAAAGAUUGUGCAAGGCGAUACCAUGAUUUCACUGGAGGAGAUGGAUUUUAAACAUGGAAGUUCCCUUAGCACGAAAAUGGUGAGCAUGGGCAAGGACAUCUGCCUUCAGGGCAACAACAAAGCAGAUAAGAGAAUUGGUACUGUGAUGCUUGCUGCUAAAUGCACGAUGAUAGUAGUAUCUGUCCUCCUCAUAUCUGCUAUCGUAUCUCCACUUCCAAUAAAUAUUGGAAGCGAGGGACUCACUUCAAAGUACCCUCAACUGAAACCGUUCAUAGAGAUGCUCAAUGCGUUGGUUGCUCGGUUCCAUGAGAGAGCUGUGAAGCCGAAGAAGGGUUCAGGGCUCGUGUUGGCCGAGCAUAAGAUGGUGGACAGCGUGGUCGGAGAUUUGAGAGCACAGGCGGUGAAGGGAGUCGAAGGGGAGGAUGAAAAAGAGAGGUUUCUGAUGAGUGCAGAGCUUUUGAGGACGAGUUCAGAUGAGUUGAGGGAGGGCAUAGAGAUGUUUGACGCUGUGGUUGAUGAAGUAUUUGAAGUAGUAAUCAACGGGAGGAAUGAGAUGUUGGGGGUCUUUAGGGAGCAUGUUUAUGUAAAUUAAGGGAUAUGUGAUAUAGUAUUUCUCUUUAACUUUUUCUUUGAAAAACACUGUAUAUGCUCAUCAAGGGGGAAAUGAAAGUAAGAUGAGCAUUUUAAAGGAAUAUUUUGAGUAUGUGUAAGAAAUAUGCUGUAUGCAUCUGUUAUUUUGUUAAGAUCAAUAAAAGUUGUUGAGUGCUGAUA